AUGUCAGAUUCUUUGCCAUAUGCCGCCGAAGCCGAAGCUCCUUUAACUCCAGAUGAACUUAAUGUUUUACGUAAACAAUACAUUCGGGAAGGAAAAGAGGAAGCGACAACUCAAACAAAAUUUAAUUAUGCAUGGGGAUUAAUAAGAAGUAAAAGCAAGCAUGAUCACCAGAUGGGAGUUUCGCUAUUAACAGAGAUCUUUAGAAAUUCCCCAGAACGUCAACGUGAAUGUUUGUAUUAUCUAGCGCUCGGGUAUUACAAAUUAGGAGAAUACAGUAAAGCUCGGGAAUAUAAUUCUAAACUUUUGGAACAUGAACCGAAAAAUUUACAGGCAGAGUCGCUGAAACAUCUGAUAGAGGAUGGAAAGGAAAAGCCGGGCUCUUAA